AUGGUAUUUCAGUCUGAGGAUCAUAGUUCCCGCUUAUUAGAGAAGCCACAGAGACUGCAAAGGCAAUUAUCACACCCAAUUUCUGUUGCACCACUACAUGCAGUGAACAAGGUGUCCUACUUUAUCUCUUUCUCAAGACAAGAGUAGUUUGAAGGCAGCCCCAAGAAGGUGAUCCCCCUGUUCUCCGUCACCUACUUCCUAGUCAUAUUCUUUUCAAUUCCGUCCUGUUUAAGGUUUGACUGUGUGAGGAACAAGGCCUGGGUUGCAGCUUUUGGAGUUUUCUCUGCUGGCCUCGCCGUCCUUUGUGGAUUUGGUUUGCUGUUAUACUGUGGCGUGCCUUUUGCCAUGACCGUGGCUAACUCUCCAUUGCUCAUUCUGGGUGAGCAAUUUUUGAUGAUUGCUUGUUGGCAGCAAACGAAAGUUCAGGACUCUGUGGAAGAUCGCUUAGCUGAGACAUACAAAGAGGCCGCUGUCUCCAUCACCAUCACCAGACUGACUGACGUUUUGGCCUUCUACAUUGACAUCAUGACUCCCUUCCGAUCAGUGCAGUCCUUCUGCAUUUACACUGGCACCACCGUUCUCUUUUUUUACUUAUUCAACAUUACUUUCUUUGGGGCAGUUUUAGCUUUAAAUCGUAAAAGAGAGGAGAGUAACAGACAUUGGCUACUUUGUAUGAAGGUCCCUACAACGUCCCCAGCAGAGUCCUCUAAAGCAUACAGCCUCUGCUGUGUAGGGGGUUCAUAUGACCAAUCUACUGGUGCAGAGACUGAACACCCAAUGAACCUCUUCUUCAAGAAGUGUUAUGGACCUUUUCUGACAAAUGUCUGGACCAAAGUAUUUGUGGUGCUCUUGUAUGCUGGGUACCUAGCAGCCAGCAUUUAUGGAUGUUUCCAGAUAAAGGAAGGAAUAGAUCUUAGAAAUCUGGCUUUUGACAAAUCCUAUAUAGUCAGAUAUUAUGACCAUGAAGAAGCAUACUUUUCAGAAUAUGGUCCAAAUGUAAUGGUUGUAAUCCCAGAGGAAGUUGCCUACUGGAACAUAACCGUUCGUGAAGAUAUUGAUAACUGCAUUGGCAAAUUUAAAAACCUUUCGUAUAUUGAUCAGAAUCUUUCUGUAUCCUGGCUUCAGUUUUAUGAAGAUUUUGCAGAAAAGGCCAACAUUAAUAUAAAAAGCCAAACGUCAUUCAUCGAUAAUUUAAUGAUAUUUUUUAGGAUAUUUCCAUAUUUCAAGCAAGAUGUUCAUCUUUCAGGGGAUGUUAUCAAUGCUUCUCGUUUUUUCAUUCAGACAGUAAACAUCAACAAUGCAGUUGCUGAAAAAAAUAUGCUGACUGAGCUAAGAGAGAUGGCAGAAAGCUGUGUUGUUCGCCUUGUAGUGUAUCACCCGGCCUUCAUCUACUUUGACCAGUACUUAGUCAUUGUUAACAAUACUAUCCAGAACAUUGCAGUGGCCACUGCGGUAAUGUUGCUGAUCUCACUUCUGUUGAUUCCAAAUCCACUUUGUUGUCUGUGGGUGACAUUUGCUAUCGCAUCUGUCAUUGUAGGUGUGUCAGGAUUCAUGGCAUUCUGGGAUGUGAACAUAGACUCCAUCUCCAUGAUCAAUUUGGUCAUCUGCAUUGGCUUCUCUGUCGAUUUCUCUGCUCACAUCUCCUAUGCCUAUGUGUCCAACAGGAAACCAAAAGCCAAUGAUAAAGCAAUUGAUGCUCUCUAUAUCCUCGGCUACCCCAUUGUACAGGGAGCCAUCUCGACAAUUCUGGGGGUUGCGGUAUUAGCUGCUGCAGAAAGCUACAUUUUCAGAACAUUUUUUAAAAUUAUGUUCUUAGUCAUUGGCUUUGGUGCUCUUCAUGGACUCAUAUUUAUUUCGGUUUUUCUUACAUUCUUUGAGGUUUGUGGCAAGUGCAGUGAAAUCCAAAGUGAAGAACAAAGCAGUUUUAGAGAUUUCUAG